UGCUUGUGGCCUUGCUCUGCUGCGAAUCUCGCGAUACUUCCUCGGUGGUCUCACAGCAGUAUGGCAGCAGUGUCGUUGAGGUGCUGGAGUAGAGGACUUUCACAAAUUUUAAGUAAUGGGGGCUUGUCAGCUCUAUUGCCGAGGCAUUUUGAAGUCGACAAAAGACACAAAUCCACAGUUCAGUAUGCAUCACGACCAGACCUUCCAAAGCUGGCCUACAGGAGAUUAAAGGGGAAGAGCCCAGGAGUGGUCUUCCUCCCAGGAUAUGGUUCUAACAUGAAUGGACAGAAAGCUGUGGCACUGGAGGAGUUCUGCAAGUCACUGGGGCACUCGUACCUCAGGUUUGACUACACAGGCCAUGGGGCAUCAGAGGGGGUAUUAGCAGAUGGAACAAUUGGUACCUGGAAAAAGGAUGUCCUAUUUGUGUUGGAUGAGUUAGCACAGGGGCCACAGAUACUGGUUGGAUCCAGUAUAGGUGGUUGGCUCAUGCUGCUGGCAGCCAUUGCAAAACCAGAGAAGACUGCUGCCCUGGUGGGCAUCGCCACUGCUGCCGAUCACAUUGUGACAUCUUUUAACUCCCUUCCUUUAGAGACGCGCAAAGAGUUUGAGGAGAAGGGAGAGUGGACGGUGCCCACCAAACACUCAGAAGAGGGUUUUUACAAAUUCAGCAUGAACUUCCUGCAAGAGGCUGAAAAUCACUGUGUGCUUCAGAGCCCCAUCCCGAUCACCUGCCCAGUGCGGCUCAUUCAUGGGCUGAAAGAUGAGGACGUCCCCUGGCAUAUCUCCAUGCAGGUUGCCGAACGAGUCCUCAGUCCCGAUGUAGAUGUCAUCCUCCGGCGACACGGCCUGCACCGCAUGUCUGAGAAGGAUGACAUCAAGCUCAUGGUCUACACCAUUGACGAUCUCAUAGACAAGCUGACCACCAUGGUCUGAGAGAAAAGAAAAAGGAGUCACCUUGAGUGGUUAGGAAGAGUGCUUUGUUUACUUGAAAGUCUACCCUCAAGGAAAAUUACCAAACCGUGGCAUGUUCCUCUGCCAAAUAUGACCUUUUAUUCUUCUCUUUGUUUCUUUUGUUCCUCGCCACCUGUCAUGUUCACAUUCUGUUACAGGUCAAGAUGGCUUAUAAAGGGAGCCUCACUGUGUGUUGUUCCUUUAACUCUUCAGGUUGCAUUAGUAUAUGUUCCAGGUUGUUAGAUGGACUGUCCUGUUGGUCAGCCAAUAAGAGCUCUGCCAUUGCUGUUCUUUUUAUUAGGCUGUUCCUGUUCCUUCUGUGAUUCGUUUCUCUGUGCCUUUUUUAAAAACACACUUCUCACUAAGUUUGGCCAAUAAAACCUCUGCACAGUA